AUGGCCCUCAGAUUAUUAUCCAUUAUUGAUUUUUCAGACUGCAAAUAUGAAGAGAUGUAUCCCCCAGAAACUGGAGACUUUGCCUUUGUAACUGAUCACACUUACACAAAGUCCCAGAUCUGCCAGAUGGCGAUGAAGAUCCUGUGAGCACUACACUUUGAUCUGGGUCGCCCUCUCCCUCUACACUCCCUAAGGAGGGCUUCAAAGAUUGCAGAGGUAGACUUGGAACAGCACACUCUGGUCAAGUACCUGAUGGAGUUUUCCAUUGUCGACUAUAAAAUGGUUCACUUCCCUCCAUCCAAGACAACAGUUGCUGCUUCCUGUUUUGCUCUGAAAGUCCUCCAUGGAGGGGAGUGGACACCAACUCUGCAAUGCUAGUCUUGCACUGAGAGUGACCUUCUAGUUAUGCAGCUCAUGGCAAAGAACAUAACUCUUGUGAAUCAGGGCCUUACCAAGCACAUAAGAAUCAAGAACAAAUAUGCCAGCAGCAAAAAUGCCAAGAUAAGCGCCCUCACACAGCUGAACUCUGCUGUCAUACAGAAUGUAGCAAAACCUCUGGCCAAAGUGUUCUAA